AUGGCUCCAGUCAAUUUGUCUCACCGGAGAACCCAUAAUCUGCUCCUCAUAUCUAAACUUCUGAGUCUCAGAGACACCGCCUCACCGCUGACGCUUCUCUUGGACUCAUUGGAACAGCCCGCCACACCCCUCAUCCAGGAGUAUAUCAGACGCGCCAAGGCAAUUCACGUCACCCUCAUCUCUUUUGAGACGUUAAAGCGACCGAGCGAUUGCGAUGCAAUUGUUUACACUCGUCGCAAAAGUCCAGCCGACAUUAUCAAAGAAGUGGCUGCGGCAUAUCAGCCCGUCGCAUCUGCUGGCCCCUCAAAGAGAACCAAGUUGACCGAUGGUAUAGGACGUCUCAUUAUCAUUGAUGCUAUCAACCCUCUCUUAAGCUCAAGGACCGUGGAUCCUAACUUCCAUCUGCCAUCGUUUCUGGGUGCUUUCAUUACCCCGACAAACCCGGCGACUCUCAAGUCCGACGCAUCCUUGGUGGUGACAUACCACCAGGAUACUCCUGGAUUCCCGGCACAAAAUUCCUACUUGCCAUCUCCAUUCUCUGUUCUCACUUAUCUCGCCACAAGCAUCAUCACACUUCAUUCAUUUUCUCACAUCUUAGCCCAGAAGGCUGCGCGCGAUCGCAGUCUGGCUGCUCCGGUCUUUGGGCUCGAAGAAGAACAAGAUGGCGUUCUGCUAGGUAGAUUGGACAAGCUUCUUGGAACCGGUGCUGCUGAAGGAAUUGUUCUCGAGCUAGAGCACCGCCGCAAGAGUGGAAGAGGUGUCUUGGAAUGGUAUCUUCUCCCUCCUGCUUCACGGUACUCUGCAAAUCAUGUGAAGGAGAUUGUGACUCUUCUUGAUGACAAUAUCCUGUAUAAUCCCCCCAUGGAACCUGACUAUGGUGACGAUGAGGAGCCUCAAUCGACCUUCGAGCUGGGUCUGACCGAUCGACAGAGGCGUGACAGAGAGGGUGUUGUCUUGCCCUACUUUGAUGCGCAGCAUGGCGAUGGACCUGGUGAAGGAGGCCGAAUUCUCUACGAUAUGGGCGAAGAGGAUGACUUUGACGAGGAAGAAGAUGAAAUAUAG